GGUAGGGAGCUCUCAACUUUGACUCCGGAAGAUAAAGCAGUUAGUCCUGAAAUGGCAGCUUCCAUGACACCAACUCCGCCUGGACCUGGGUUGAGCCAGAAACAGCGUCGGGCAUGCCUCAAGAGAGAUAGGAGGAAAAGAAAACGUCAAGCGCUUGCUAAGCUCAGAGACGCUGUUGUAGAUGGCGAUGCAAAGGAGGACAACGAUGAGGAAGAUGAGGAGAGCAGAAAGGCUGAAGAGGAGAGAGAGCGGUUACACCAAGAAUGGCUUGAGAGGGAAAGGGUUGCCCAGGAGGAAUUUAGACUGAAAAAAGAAAAGGAGGAGGCAUUACAAAAGAGGAAGGAGGAAGAAGAGAGGAGGAUCAGGGAGGAAUGGGAGGAACAGCAAAGAAAAGAAAAAGAAGAGAGAGAACAAAAGCAGCAGGAGAAGAAAGAAAGAGAGGAAGCUGUUCAGAAAAUGCUUGACCAAGCAGAGAGCCAGCUGGAAAAUGACGGUCCCUGGAAAAAUCCUGAUGCCACAGAGGAUUAUGGGACCGAAAAAGACAGAGCAAAUUGCCCCUUCUUCUUGAAAACUGGAGCGUGCAGGUUCGGGGAGAGGUGUUCCAGAAAGCACGCUCAUCCAGCAGUGAGUACCACCCUGAUGGUGCGAGGGAUGUUUGUGACUUUUGAAAUGGAGCAGAGUAGAAGGGAUGACUAUGACACAGAUGCCAGUCUGGAGUACAGUGAAGAUGAAGUCUAUCAACAGUUCCUUGAUUUCUAUGAUGAUGUUCUUCCUGAAUUCAAGAGUGCUGGAAAGGUCGUGCAGUUCAAGGUCAGCUGCAACUAUGAACCUCACUUGAGAGGAAAUGUUUACGUUCAAUAUAACACUGAGGACCAGUGCAGGGAGGCUUUUAUGAUGUUUAAUGGAAGAUGGUAUGCCGGCAAACAGCUGCAGUGUGAAUUCUCUCCUGUCACCAGAUGGAAGACAGCCAUAUGUGGUCUUUUUGAUCGGAGGAGAUGUCCGAAGGGAAAGCACUGCAAUUUCCUCCACGUGUUUCGAAAUCCCAGCGGUGAAUUCUGGGAGGCUGACCGUGACCUCCACAUGUCCCCUGACCGAGGUGGAGAUUUCUCCAUCCGGAACUCAGAACGCAGAGAGCGGAUGCGGUCGCAGCACAGCUACAGCCCCGAAAGAUCACAGCACAGACGCCCCGAGAGGCGAGAUCGCAGCAGGGAGAGGCGUGGUGGCAACAGAGAAAGGCGGAGUCGUAGCAGGGAAAAGAAAGAUUAUGGCAGGGAAGGGAGGGAUCGUAGCAGGGAGAGGCCGAGCGGCGGCAGGAGCAGAGAGAGCAGGAGGUCUUGGAGACAGCGAUCGGAUACGCACAGCGACCGAUCUAGGAGGAGUCGUAGCCGUGAGAGACGCAGAUCAAGGAGCAGGAGUAGAGACAGAGAAUGGAGGGAUGGAGGUGGAAAUUCACCUGAAAAUUCGAGGAGGACGACCAUUAGGAGAUCAAAAUCAACCAGCCCUAAAGAUGAGAGGGUGUCCAAAUGUGAAUCUACAAAGAAGAGGAGGCGCAGUGAGAGUAGCAGUCCAAAGAAUUCAAACGCAGCCGGGACGCUGGACGGUGAUCCCAGUCCACGUCACCAUAAACACUCCAAAAAAAGCAAGAAGAAGAAAGGGAAGAAAAAGAAACGCAAGAGAAAGAGGAGUAGGUCAGGAAGCGUGAGCUCAUCUUUGGAUUCGGGAAAAGAAUCAGGUGACGAGAAGGUUGCGUCCCCUAAAUGUGAAGUGAAUGCGGAAACUUCCAGAGAGAAUAUUACAGCUUCAGAAUAUGAUACACAGCAAACUGCUGAAGCUCCAGCAGAAGGAGGAGAAAAGCCUUGUUCUUCCAGCUAACAGUAAACCUACCAUCAAGGUCAUCCGCUGAACUGAGUUUCUGUCACCA